CGGACAAGGCAUGGGGGAACUUUGGCUUCCACAGCCUCCAAAUUCCUCCCUUUGACCUUUUGUAUCUCAAAUCGAAUUUCCCCCUUUUGCUCUCUUCUUACUUACACAUUCCCCCAAGUUAGGUUUUUCAGAUUCUCUUCUCCAUCUUCCCUUCUCAAUCACCCACCCUUAAUUCCAUAUGGAGCAGGCUGUUCUUGAUAAUAUCAUUCAGAGGCUGCUUGGCGUUAGAGGGAAACCUGGUAAGCAGGUGCAACUCACCGAGCCAGAAAUCAAGCAACUUUGUCUUGUUUCUAGGGAGAUUUUCUUGCAACAACCUAAUCUCUUGGAAAUUGAAGCACCCGUCAAGAUUUGUGGUGAUGUCCAUGGUCAAUACUCUGAUCUUCUGCGCCUUUUUGAGUACGGUGGAUUACCUCCUCAAGCCAAUUACUUGUUUCUUGGUGAUUAUGUUGACCGAGGGAAACAAAGCCUAGAGACAAUAUGCCUUCUUCUUGCCUACAAGAUAAAAUACCCAAAUAAUUUCUUCCUUUUGCGUGGCAACCAUGAGUGUGCUUCUAUAAACCGUAUAUAUGGGUUCUAUGAUGAAUGCAAAAGAAGAUUUAAUGUGAAGUUAUGGAAGACCUUCUCGGAUUGCUUCAAUUGCUUGCCUGUGGCUGCUCUCAUUGAUGAAAAGAUUCUAUGUAUGCAUGGAGGCUUGUCGCCCGACCUUAAUAAUUUGGAUCAGAUAAGAAAUUUAAGGCGGCCAACAGAUGUUCCUGAUAGCGGUUUACUAUGUGAUCUUCUCUGGUCAGAUCCUUGUAAUGAAGUUAAGGGUUGGGGAAUGAAUGAUCGUGGAGUUUCGUAUACUUUUGGUGCUGAUAUUGUGACAGAGUUUCUAGAGAAACAUGAUUUGGAUCUCGUUUGUCGUGCUCACCAGGUUGUUGAGGAUGGAUACGAGUUUUUUGCUGACCGACAACUUGUGACCGUGUUUUCUGCACCCAAUUAUUGUGGGGAAUUUGACAAUGCCGGUGCCAUGAUGAGCGUCGAUGAAACUCUAAUGUGCUCUUUCCAAAUACUAAAACCCGCCGAAAAGAAGACAAAAUUCAACUCGGGUAUCAAUCUUUUUGGGAGCACCACCACUGCGAAACCCGGAAAUACCCCAGCAGGAAUCAAGCAGUUUCUGGGUUCAAGAGUAUGAGAUUUGCAGCGAAGUUGAUGAAACUCAGCAAUUGAAGUAUGGUUUCUGGUUGACUCUUGGACGUGUAAUGCUCGAGAUAUAUGAAUUUCUAAUCGUUGUACUUUAGUGAUACAGUGGUGUAUAUUGUCGUUAAGACCCAUGUUUUGAUAGUUAUGGUAACAAAUAAUACCAAGGAGCUCCUAUACCUUUUUCUUCCCUUCC